AUGUCACCGAGCCCUGAGAAUGACCUCGGAACACCAGGGUCCACUGGUGGCCCGACGCGCUCGUCCAACAAAUCCUCGGCCCGCUCAAGAUACGGCUGUCUCACGUGCAAACGACGGAAAGUCAAGUGCGACGAACUAAGGCCUCGCUGCAGCCACUGUGAGCGCCUCAACCUGGAGUGCAAAUGGCCGCUCUCGUUCCCUACCAAUAGCCAUAAACGGCGCCCAAGGCAAAGCGCCGGCAGCAUCGCGGCUCCCGCCAAUGCUGAGGUAUUGCGCACUCCAAUGCCGGAGAUGGAGCCCGCGCCCAGUGGGCCAUUGUUCCAGACUCCGCCCCUCCAUGCUGUCAACCAGCUCUUUGACUACGCCUCCUUCCUGUGGGACACUGGCAAUGGCACUGGCGAUAUCUGGCAGCAGAUGAGCCCAGGGGUUGCUGGCCAGGGCGUGACCUUCGAUGCGCUGGGCCAGAACGGCCAUUCAGCUGUUCCCGCAGCGCCGAUCAACUCGUCGCCUCAGGCUAGCAUCAAUGUUCCGAUGCAGACCCGAUUAAUACCCAGCAACAGUUAUGACCCCUCAGAGCCGUCGACAGUUCCAGAUACGACCUGUACCGGCUAUGCCGAGCAGGACGACCUGCUUGUGCCCUCGGAAACGGCAGCGGCCGAGAACCACCGCCUCUUGGACUAUUUUGCCCACGCGGUCACGCCGCCCAUCUUGGCUGAGGUAGAGACACAGAAGAACUGGUUUGCCAUGCGGCAGGUCUUGGUCGGCAUGUCAAACGCAUCACGCAUGAUACGAUGGGCUAUCCUGGCCUUCUCAAACCUGAUGCUGUGCCGUCGCGAUGGGAACUGGCUAGCGAGUCAACAGAACCACUACGACAAUGCCGCCGCCGAGGUAGCAGCGUACGAUGACCAGCCGGCUGAAUCAUUUCUCACGCAGAGCACUGAACGUGCAAAUCUUCUGGCGACGUUAUUCUUCUUAAGCUACGUUGACAUCCUGGAAGCCAGAAUAAAGACUGCUCACACUCAUCUCAAGAGAGCCUACAACAUCUUCCAGCACGGGGACAAGGCAUCGUUCACCCCAGUCGAGAAGCAAUUUCUCCUCUGGAUACGGCUCCUCGACGGGCGAGCCGUGAGCGCCGGUGGCGACGGUCUCUUCCUCGAGAAAGAUGAAGAACCCCUCCUCGUCGACGUCCCAUCCCCCAAUAUCAUCAAAACCACCACCGGCCCCGAGGCGAGAGAAGACGAUCUCGCCGACGACGACAUUGAGGACACCCUCUUCCAAGUCCUUUACCAGCCAGGGAUCCUAUUUUUCCAGAAGGUACAGAGCUUCAUGGGCAGGAUCUCCAAGAUCGAUCCCUGGCACAGGCCACGGGGCACGGUCGAGGACGAGACUGAGGUCAUGAACACGGGCCAGUCGAUAGCCGCAGACCUACGGGCCCUCUACGACCAGCGCCCGCCGCUGAUGGACAUCGCGGUGGCGGGGAAGCUGACGCCGCCGCACGUGUCGGCGCACCUCGCGGCGGUGGUGACGCGCGCGUUCCGCACGUACCUGUCCAACUACUACGCGAGCAAGAUCCACCUGCACCGCGUGGCGUACAAGGCGUUCCCCCUGACGGCGGAGGCGGCGGCGGCGCUGGGCCACAUCCGCCGGCUCGCGGGCCUGCUGGCCGAGGGCCUCGACCGCGAGGACGACGCCCUGCCCGUCAACAUGCUGUGGCCGCUGCUCAUGCUGGGCUCCGAGCAGGACCCCGACCCGGAGGAGCGCGCGUGGGUCAUGGCGCAGAUCCUGCGCAUGGAGAGGGUCGCCGGCAACGCGAAGAUCACGGCCCAGGUGCUCGAGGAGGUCCAGGCGCGGCAGGACGCGGCCAAGGCGCGCGUCGACAUCCGGUCUGUCAUGCACGCUAUUUUCAAUCGCUGCUUUGCUAUCGUCUAG